GCGAGGACGCGUUACGGCGGCCGAGGAGAGAAAUGUGGGCGCGGGCGGUGUGGCUGGGCCGUGGGUCCUGGAUGGGCUGGCGCCGGGGCUUCACCUCCAGGGCGGAUCCUCAGGGUAAUAGCCGUGUCACCGCCAAGGUGAUCGAGCACCUGGAGCGUCUAGCGCUUGUGGACUUCGGCAGCCAAGAGGCCGUGGCACGACUGGAGAAAGCCAUCGCCUUUGCCGACCGGCUCCACGCGGUGGACACGGACGGGGUGGAGCCCAUGGAAUCAGUACUGGAGGACAGAUGUCUAUACUUGAGAUCUGACAAUGUGGUAGAAGGCAACUGUGUUGAAGAACUACUACAAAAUGCCCAUCGAGUUGUGGAGGAGUAUUUUGUGGCCCCCCCAGGUAAUAUCUCUUUGUCAAAGCAGGAUGAACAAGAGCCCUUUUCCCACAACUGACUAGCUAUUCGCGGAAGUCCAAAGAUAGUAUUUUGUUACUAUGAACACUGAUGUUUCCACUUUCUUCGGUCACCUGAAAAAAACUGAUGGUUAAGUAUUUUUCAGUAACUAACUCUCUGAAGACAGAAUUGGGAAAUAUCUAGCCAAAACAAGGCAAUCAGUUCCUGCUGCAACUGGAAGUAAAAGGUAUUGUCACUUUCUGAGGAAAUGGAUCAAGUAUUUAUUCACAGACUGCUCAGUAUAUAAGAUGUUAUCCUCCUAAUUUAUCUCCUCCCCAAAAGACUGUCUACCAAACUGUAUGUAAAUGAAUUUUUCUAUUUACGUAACUAUUAGUGCAUCUGAUCACUAUGUGACAUCCUGUGUUGUACUUUUCAGUUGCUAUUUCUGUCCAUCUGAGAAACCUUGUAUCUUUACCAAACAAACUCGAAUUUGUUCCUGGGUACCCACUUUGUCGGAGCAGAAGAAUAACUUUCUCCUAAGAUCUGAAAAGUGUUUAAAGCAGACUCUACAGCUUGGGAACUCCUAACCUACAAUCAUCCAACAUCCCACAAAGUGAUUACAUGCAAAAGGGAUACUUGCCACAGCUAUAGUUUUUAUGAAAAGAACUUACGAUAAAAACAGCCCUGGAACAGCUAACAGUACUAGAUUGAACACUAAAAAUUUGCUAAAAGGGUAGAUCUUAUAUUAAAUGUUCUCACCACAAAUAAAUCUUAAAGGAGUAGGGAGGAAACUUUAGGACAUGAUGGAUAUGGUUAUAGCCUUGAUGGUGGUGAUGGGUAUAUACUUACAUUAAAUAAGUACAGCUUUUUACAUGGCAAUCAUACUUCAAUAAAGUGGCUUUUUAACAGAA